CUGAGUUCUAGUGUGGACGAGGAUGUUGCUGAAGGUGAAGGCUCGGCAGUAGCUGGAGUUGUCGAUGGCUUGAGCGAGAUCGGUACUGAAGUUGAUAAGGUUUCAGAAGUACUUGAAAGCGCUUCUGAAAGUGUCUGCAGCGAUGUUGGAGCUGAACUGGGCAAACGCUCCACCGUUGAUGAUUGUGGCGUUGAUGUGGGCGGUGCCGAAGACGAGGAGAAUUCAGGCAGCAGUGAAGAUUCGGUUUUACUUGUUCUCGUUGAUGGUAAUGAAGUCGAGAAAGCUCCAACAGUGCUUGAAUGUAUUUCUGGCAGAGACGAGGAUAAUGCCAAAAUGGGCGAUGCUUCAGAACUCAGAGAACUCAAAUAUUCUUUUGUAGACACAUGA